AUGUACCUGCAGGUGAUUGACUUCGGGUCUUCGUGUUUGGAGAACCAGAGAGUGUACACCUACAUCCAGAGUCGCUUCUACAGGGCCCCGGAGGUCAUCCUCGGAGCCAAGUAUGGCAUGGCCAUUGACAUCUGGUCCCUGGGCUGCAUCUUGGCUGAACUUCUAACUGGUUACCCACUCCUUCCUGGCGAGGACGAGGCGGAUCAGCUAGCCUGCAUCAUCGAGCUGCUGGGGAUGCCACCAGCGAAGUUGCUAGAGCAAAGCAAGCGGGCUAAGAACUUCAUCACCAGUAAGGGUUAUCCUCGCUACUGUGUGACCCGAACCCUCCCUGAUGGCUCCACCAUCCUCCAUGGAGGCCAGUCUCGGAGAGGCAAGCCUCGGGGCCCCCCUGGUUCAAAGUCCCUCCAGACGGCUCUCAAAGGCUGCAAUGACCCGCUCUUCCUGGACUUCAUCCAGCGGUGCCUGGACUGGGACCCAACGACGCGGAUGACGCCAAGUCAGGCCCUGCGCCAUGGUUGGCUACGGCGGCGAUUACCGAAACCUCCUUCAGAAAAGAGCGACUCCCCUGCCUCCACCCUCCGCACUCCUUCCUCUUCCUCUUCAUCCCGCACACCCUCCUCUGCCACCAAGCUCAACACCAUUGCCACCUCGGCCACCAAACUUCGUGCCACUAUCACAGAUGAUGGUGGCGCUGCCACCAUGCACCCGCGACACCACACCAAACUACCACAGAUCACGAAUCCGGUGACCUGAGCCCCGCCCUCUAUAGGAAACACCAUCCCUCAUGCCCAGUGGUGCGGCCCAGGGUCCCCGGAGGCUCUGUGCCCACAGGGGGCCGCGCCGCUCACAUAUCACCAGACCAAAGUGCAAUUGUGGCAGUAUUGGGCACGUGCAGAGUGAGCGGGCGUGCGGGCGGGCGGGCGGCGUGUGAGGCGGGACACUCGCCCACGCCCCCGACACCCACGGCCCGCCGCCACACCCACUAGUCGCAUUAUUUGGUUGAUAUUACAACUUCACUAUGAUCUCGCCUUGUUCACAAAGGGGCGUGUGCGGGCGUGCGGGCGGGCAGCAUGGACUCUCACGCCCACCCGCCUGCCCCUGCCCACACCCGCAGUCAACCUCCUGGUUUGCUAAUGCAAUCAAAACCUUAUGGUAUUACCGACUGGGGAUAAAGAAUUUAUACUCAUUUUAUACUUAGCACAAUGGAAACCAACGAAAAUAAUGGUGUGACAAUUCACAUUGUUUUUCUAAAGAAUAACAAAAUGCAGUUUGUUUAUUAAGAGAAAGUAACAUUUUAAUAGAAGCACAGUAAUAGUGAUGCUGCAGAUCUCUCAAGCUCUCUUUUAAUGGGUGAAAGCAGCAGUAAAGCAGCAAAGUUUGAAUGCAGAAUCAGCAGUACUACCUGUAGCAGCUGCCUCAUCUCCCCAGGUUCAGGGUCAAAGGACACAGACCUCGCUCUCCAUCUGGAAUCACAAGAUUCUUUAUUCAUGCAGAGUUGGGGGUUGGUGGUUUCACUAGUAUUAAGGAUCUGUUGAUUUUUGAGUAGGCCAGAGGUCAGUGUUCUUUCUCCGCCUUGGUUGAAAGGGCAUACGCUUUUUUUUUUUCUUUGGAGUCCAAAGUCAUGAUGGGGUCAGCAACCUUGAGGAAGCUCAAAUCGUGUCGUCUGAUUCUGGUUCUCAAAUCACUGGCUUGGUUCCUUGGAUCAUGAGAAGUCAGGCCAUCACUAGUUUGGUUUACUGUAUCAUGAGAAGCCAGGCCAUUACUAGCUUGGUUCCCUGGAUCAUGAGAAGCCAGAUCAUCAUUGGCUUCAUUUCCUGGAUCACAAGAAGCCAGGCCAUCACUGGUUUGUUACCCAAGAUUUGAUUCUGACAAGCCAGCAGAAUAAACCUGGUUGGCUCUUGACACCCUUGGCAAGAUGCAUUCACUGUCUGCUGGGAGCACAUUGCCACUGCUGCUGCCUGGCCAUGUGCCAUGCUAUGGGGCCCACUGGCCCGGCCUCCACUCAGGGACCAUGGCAGGCCAUCACCACUGCCUAAAUUCUAUGAUAUCUCUACUAUUGUCAGGCAUUCAUUAAAUUCUCAGCGAUCAGUGAUGAGUGUACUAAAUCCACAACAAUUAUAGUGCAAUAUGGUUAUCAGUUAAGCCUGUAUAUGUCUGUGAAUCUCAAUUUGUGGAGAUGAGAGCUGCUGCUGCUGCUUCUGGUACUGCGGAUGCUGCUGUUGCUUCUGUUGCAAACAGUCAUGCUGCUCGGUGGGAGAGGCUGAAAUGUUGGCUUCAGCAGAGCUUUGGACAGCCCAGUUAUGCCUUGGGCCUAUCUGGACUGGGAAUUAGAUGCAAUUGGGAUUUUUUAGCUAACCUUAAAGAUACCUUUGUUGAGGUACGGUAUUUAGUGUUCCCUUUGUUAUGUUUCUCCAUGUUGGAUGGAACAUUUUGAACAAAGACAUUGAAACAAUUUUCAUUUGGCAUUUAAAUAGAUAAGGGUGACUUACUGAGGUGUUGCACUGCCUUAUUUGCUCAUAUGGUAGGCCUAUAAUUUUGUUUAUGUUAGGCCUAUAAUUGUGUUAUAUUUUACACUCAUUUGAUAACUCUUACUGUGUAACUAUCAUGCCGAUUCCCUCUGAAAGAGUAUCACCACUACGACCUUCAUUUUUCUUUAAAUAAUAUUUAUUACAUUGUUUUCCUUUACUCUGACAAUCGUGGCUGUCUUCGCGCCUGCCAAAGUUUAACUGCAUCUUACGGGUUAAUCAGUCAUUAUGUCAGAAGUAUUAGUAUUGUGUGUGAGGUGGGACUUGUAUCAUGUGCACACUGCCACUGGGGCUUGCUGACACGCUGCCCGAAUGAACCCAGGAUCCCCAGAUGAACUCUGGGAUGCCCGGGCGAACUCGGGACGCCCGGAUGAAACUGGUAGUCCGAACGUGUUUUUUUCAGUGCCACCACUCAAAAUGGGUUCACAUGUUGGUUCAAUGAUAACUGAUGAAAGAGGACAAAAUAAUUGGUUUUGAAAGUCAACUCAGUGAGAAUAUUUUUUUCAGAUAAAGACGUAGUGUUCCUUUUGUGUGAAGAUGAUGUAGUUCAUUUUUUUGUAAGAAGUGCAAUAUUUUGUAGAAGAAGGGACAGCACACUUUGCGGGCAAAGCGUUUGGAAUGCAUGUCUUGGUCAUCAUUAGUGGAGUGAGUCAACAAGUCAGCAGCAUGUAAAUGCUUAACAAAAAAAUAUAUAAAACAAACAAGAUUGCUUUAGAUUAAGUUUUUUUCCCUUUUGGGAUCUGAACGAGAAAUUUUUUGAAGAUUUUUUGAAGAUUAUAUCACUGCUGAUUGUGUGUGUGUCAUGUGAGAGGAAGUGAAGAGGGUGUUGGUGGGAGGCCUUGAAGCCAUCCAGUGUGUACACAGUAAGGACGACUGUCCGAUUGCCUACCAGAGACGACUUCAGUGUCCAACCCACAAAUGACUUGACAUUUACCAGUAUAAAAACUCUUUAAAAUUGACAGACCACUAACCUGCAAUAUGGACUGAUGAUAAAUACCUCAUUCAGAAAUUACCGAUGAGGCAUUGGAAAAUGAGUGGCUUGGCUGUAGGUUUGAACAACUUUAUGCUAACAUUUAUGUUGAGAUUCAAGAUGAUGGCUAUGCAAAAUGUUUAUAAAUACAAGAGAUUUGUAAUGAGUAGCUUAAAAAGCUUGAGCAUUAUUUAUUUAUAGUCUUCCCUGAAAAAAUACUCUGGUCAGGGAUUUGUUUCUAUACACUGCACAGUAAUUUCAAAUGUAUGUACAGGCAAUUUAAAUUAAAUACAUUUCAGAAUUUUUGUAUUCAAAAUUGUGAGCGUAUACAGUAUCUGAUUUAUUCAAUUUUCAGUUUUUUUGAGUUGUGUAUUUGUAACUAAUUGUCAGUAAAUUGUUUGUUUGGUCAUCAGUAAGCAGCAUUGUAUAACCCAGAUGAGUGUAAGACUUGUUUUUAAUAUAAUAAUUAUAAUUCUCAUCAGCAAGUUGUGCUGUAGGACCCACAUAGGUUUAGCUCUUGUUUUUAAUGUACUGUAACAGUAAUAAUUCUCUUCAGUGAGCACUUAUUCAGGAGGCCUAUGCCUGUGUACAUAUUUUAAUACAUGGACACAUCCAGCGAAUCUACAGUUAUAAUAUCAGAAAGCCAAAUAAGCACAUAGGUGCAUCAUGAAAUAACCUAAAUAUUUUAUUCUCAAAAAUGCAAAACAAUUUUUUGUUAAUUUACUAUAUAAACCAUAAUAGACAUUCUCACAUACAUCAACAAUCUUAUACAUUGGAAAAGUGAAGCUACUAAAGAAGAAUGUUGUGUGGAUAAUGUGCUGUGAUUAAUUUUAUAAUUUAUUAUGCUAUAAUGUUUUCCUGAAGAAAUGCUUUUUUUAGAUAAAUUUUUUAAACUUUUAUACUUGACAGUUUCUGUGAUUUUUUUAUUCAGAAUACUUUUAGUCUUGGUUAUGUGCAAUAGAUGUGAGUGCACUCAGUACUGUGACUCAUAUUGGUGACUCACUCAGACUUGGAACUAAAAUCCAGUGACUUAGACUUUCCUGUGAUUGUGAAGUGUAUGUUGUAUAACUGCUUCCACUAGACGAACUGCUUGACACUUGCUGAACUUUUUAAUUGACUUGUAGAAAAUAUUAUAUCUGACAUUUGUGUUAGAGUCAACUUAUAUAUUUUUAAAAUUUAAGCUGACAAUUGAGAAAAGUUUCGACAAGUAUGCUAAUGUAAUGAGAGAGAAUAGAGUGACGUCUCGAAAAAUGUGUACACAUUUACAGGGCUUUCGGCAGUGUACAUAAAUUGUCACAAAUGUACAUAGAGGCCAUGUUGCCAUGUGCUGCCCUCUACGUCUGUGUUGUGUUUCAGGCAUAUUGUUUGCUCAUUCGUCUGUGUGUACUCUGACUUGCUUCCCACAACUCAUCCUUCAGUCAGCUCCAUAAGUCCUCGUCUUCAGCCCCUUCAUAUCUCAUAGAUCCUGGUCUCAUGAAUUCACAACAUCAGCCAGCAUUAUAGUUUUAGAUUUCUGUCAUGUGAUACUGCCGAAGUCAAAGUCAGAGUCGGCCCCCAGACAAAUGCGACUGCUUCUUGUGUAUUAUUUCCUCCUGCACUCAUUAUUCCAUCCCAUGUAAUUUGGAUGAAGACAGCUUGACUUUAGGCUUGAUGAAUAAUGACACACUUCAUCAUUUAGCAAAUUUGUAAAAGUUGUCUUCAUCAACCGUACAGGGUGAUUCAAAAUUUCCUCUUAGGAUGAGGAGGGCCGAGCCAUGCUAAUGGUCUGCCAUUCCUCUGCCCUCCAUAUUUACAUAUUGUACACAUGCUGUAAGACACUGUAAUAUAGAUGUCUGAUAUAGUUAUCAGUUUUGUGGAGAAUACUGUACAUAAUUUUUUAGGAGAGUUGGAGUCCCUUGUACGACGCUCACCAACCAGAGAAUGCUAAGUGAAUGUGUUUUUGUAUAAAAAAUGAAUGUGCUGAUCAUAGACACCUCAUCCCCCCUCCCCCUACCACCCACCUUUUGAUAUUUUUGUUUCAUCAAAAAUUCACAAAGGGUUGAUAAAACAAGUCAACAUUUUAAGCAGUAUGUAUAGAGUAAUGCAAAUAUUUCUUACCGACACGUUGGUAGACUGGUCUUUCUUUUUUUAAUUUUGUGAUAACUGUGAACAGUACUGUCAAGCUGUACACCAGGAAACAUUUGUAAAAACAAAACUCUACCCCAUAGGACGGAUCCAAUAAAGACUAGAAUGUGUAGGAACAUACUUUCUGUGUUGUUAGGCAUCAAUAAACAAAGUAUUCAUGCA